AUGUACAUCCUCACCUCCACUCCAUGUACACUAGUGGCUCACCACCAAGGGGUCUUCAUUUCCGUGGAAAGGGGACUCCAAGAGUCAGCAGUGGCUGUGGCCCCCAACUUAGGUGCUCCAAGGUGGGCCAGCUACUCAUGGGGGCGACUGGGAGGACGAGGGACUCUACCACAUCAAUCUUUUUUUUUUUUGAAUAUCAUGGUUUUUGAAACAUUCAGUGGGGGACAUUUUGGUGAAGAUGCAAUAUUUUUAUGUCAUGUGAUGCUCUUUCCUCACUUGACUUUGGCCACUUUGUCCCAAUAGUCCACAGCCCCACCCCACCUACCCAUCCCUUUUAUCUGGCGCUCCAGUCCUAGGCCUUGGGCCUGAACAACUGGAAAAGGUCUGGUGGCUGGGGAGGAGUGCCAGCAAUAGUUCAUAGUAAAAAUUUGUGGGCUCUCAAAGCUAAUUUUUUACUAAAGUUUUUAUACAGCCUCAAAUUGUUUUAUUAAAAAAAAAGAUUUAAAAUGGUGAUGCUUACUGCAGUUUGUACAAGCUUCUAGUGUUGAUUCCAUGGAACUGAUGGCUUUGCUCAUUUUGAUUUUUUUCACCCUUCUUUUCUUAAAAGUUUAAAUUCUGAAAUUACACUGGGACCUCUUUUGCCUUUUUAGCAGAACAUCCGUCCGUCCAUCUGCAUCUCUGUCCCAUGACUCAGGGGCACCCACUCUGCUUUGAUUCUUCUCCUUUGAAAGAAACCAUUUUGAGCAUGACUUUUUCAUCAAUGUCUGAGAGUUAUUUGGGGUAUCUUUAAGGAAGGAAUGCCUUUUGCAAUAAUGUAUCCCUUCUCUGAUCGAGGGUAGGUCGGUGGACCUAGGCUCCCUUUGCACACGGAGCAGCUACUUCUAAGCCAUAUCUGUUUUGCAGAGGAUUUGUGUGUGCUGCCUCAGGAUGGGAGGUCCGGCAGGAGAGGGGUCUCCAUCCUACUGUUCUCCAGAGGGCAUUACUCCUUGCGCCUAAUUCUACAGGGCCUAGCCCCUCUAUCUGUCCCAGCCGCCCCCAGCAGGGUACUCUGGAGUGAGUAGUGCCCCUGUGAGGGCAGCCUGUAGAUGAGGGCUCAGUGGACUGCAAAUAACAGGGAUCAUGCUUCUAAGCUGUGGCCCAAGCUGGAGUUUCCCUGAUGCCCCAAAGACAGGAGCACAAGUGGAAUCUGGUGAGAUUAUUUCUGAUAACCUCCUCGAAAAAUAAACAAUUCCCAACUUUCCAGGUGAGGGUUUUGCAAGGCCUUCCAAACAGCCCUGUUGCCCCUAGCAACCUCACUUCAGGCACUACCACACAAAAGAUGUGGCUGGCCCAGAAUGGCCAGUUGCCAUAGCAACUGCAGGUGAUGGGGCAACGAACAGAAUAACAACAGCAACAAUGCCUUUGCAGGCAGUCUCCUCCUGAGCACUGGGCUGGUGAUGGCCAUUGGACUCUGAGAUGGAGAGCCAAUCUCACAUUCAAGUGUUCACCAACCACUGAUGUGUUUUUAUUUCUUUCUAUAUGAUUUUAAGAUGUGUUUUCUGCAUUCUGUAUAGAAACAUAUCAAACUAAAUAAAAGCAGUGUCUUUAUUACAA